UUACUACUAUAUUAUGGGGCGGGGGAGGAGGUGGAGGUAGCGCUGGUUGUGGGAGAGACCGACACUGACCUGGGCCCCCGCUUUCCCCCCCUUCUUCACUGGCACCUUGGAUGAGCACCUUCAGCGCAUCAGUCGCCGGGGGAGAAAGCAGAAAGAAACAUGACAACUGAAAAGAGUUUAGUGGCAGAGGCUGAGACUCCUAAGCAGCAGCCGCCAAAAGAGGAGGAGGCAGCUGCUGAAACAGGAACACAGGAAGCUUCCUUGGAGAAAGCACCUGAGGGGGAUACUCAAUCAAAGAAGAAGCUUAAAGCAUCCAAUGGUGACACGCCUACACGAGAGGACCACAGCAAGAACAAAGAACGAACUUCUGAAAGUCGGGGCCUGUCACGUCUGUUUUCAUCAUUCCUCAAGAGGCCCAAAUCUCAGGUCUCUGAGGAAGAAGGCAACGAAGCAGAAACAAAGGAACUUUGUGAAGGAGGCCAGAAAGAGUCGGAUAUAGGAGUUGAUCUCAAUGAAGAGAUUCUGCUGAAAGCCCCAAUAGCAGCUCCUGAACCUGAGCUCAGGACUGACCCAUCUUUAGAUCUUCAUUCCCUCAGCAGUGCAGAAACACAGCCUGCUCAGGAAGACAGGAGAGAAGAUCAGGAUCAAGAUCAAGAUCUGGAGAACAGAGAUCUAGAAAUUAAAGAAGGAGAGCAGGUGGAAUGCUCUAAUACAGACGAAAAAAAGGAGAAUAUCAAGGCGAAAGCAGACAAAGACUUAAAAGGUUCCCAGAAAACAGCCAGAAGACCCAGAAACAGCAUGCACUGCAAGAUUACUUUGCUGGAUGACACAAUUUUUGAGUGUUCUCUGGAUAAACAUGCCAAAGGGCAGGAUCUUCUAAAGAAAGUAUGUGAUCACCUCAAUCUUUUGGAAGAAGACUAUUUUGGACUGGCCAUAUGGGAUACCCCAAUUUCCAAGACAUGGUUGGAUGCUGCCAAAGAGAUUAAAAAACAGGUUCAUGGAGGCCCAUGGAAUUUCACUUUCAAUGUCAAAUUUUAUCCUCCAGAUCCAGCACAGCUAACAGAGGACAUAACAAGGUACUAUUUGUGUCUCCAGCUGAGAAAAGACAUUAUCACUGGGCGGCUUCCUUGCUCCUUUGCUACAUUAGCUUUGCUGGGUUCUUAUACAAUCCAGUCUGAGCUAGGAGACUAUGACCCAGAUCUGCAUAGCACAGACUAUGUCAGUGAUUUCAAGUUGGCCCCAAACCAGAUGAAGGAACUGGAAGACAAGGUCAUGGAACUACACAAAACCUAUAGGUGCAUGACUCCAGCACAAGCUGAUCUUGAAUUUCUUGAGAAUGCCAAAAAGCUAUCUAUGUAUGGAGUUGAUCUUCAUCAAGCCAAGGACUUGGAAGGUGUGGAUAUCACUUUGGGAGUCUGCUCCAGUGGCCUUCUUGUCUAUAAAGAUAAAUUGAGAAUCAACCGUUUCCCUUGGCCUAAAGUGUUAAAGAUUUCCUACAAGCGGAGCAGCUUUUUUAUCAAAAUUCGGCCUGGCGAGCAUGAACAAUAUGAAAGUACAAUUGGAUUCAAACUUCCUAGUUAUCGGGCAGCUAAGAAACUGUGGAAAGUCUGUGUUGAACAUCACACAUUUUUCAGGCUAACAUCCACUGAAGCAAUUCCCAAGAGCAAGUUCUUGGUAUUGGGCUCUAAAUUCCGAUACAGUGGUCGGACGCAGGCGCAGACAAGGCAAGCUAGUGCCCUGAUUGAUAGACCUGCACCACAGUUUGAACGGACAGCAAGUAAGCGGGCCUCUAGAAGUCUUGAUGGUGCUAAACGUGGCUCUCAAAAAAUUGAGUUCAGACCUGUAGAGGAAGAGAAGCAGGAGGAUAUGGUGUUGGUUGGGGUUCCGGAAACAGAACCUGUGGAACAAAUGCGAGAGAAGCCAGAUACUGUUGAGAAUAUUGAAAAACAAAUAAUUGCUGAGGAGCAGAUGAAGUCGGAAGUAUUUAAAGUUCCAGAAAAAAUAAUAAUGGAACCAUUAGAAAAACAGUCAGCUGUACAUGUUCUUGAAAAAUUUGACAUAAGCACAAUAAAAGAAGAGGAGAAUGAAGAAAAAGCAAUUGUGGUGCAGAAUCUAGAACAAAAACUGCUAUUACUUGAAACAGUUCAGGCGGAGUCAGCAGUAGCGGUGGUUACACCAGACCGAAGCCCACGCCCCAAGUCUGCACCAGCAAUUGCUCAGAGCCAUGUUACUGAGUCAGCUCCUCCAGUUGUAUCUGACAGCAAGGAGUCUGCAGUCACCAAAGCUGAGAAGGAGAGAAAAGAAGUAAAACGUGAAGAAACUCUGCCAGAGAAGGCUAAAACAGAGCCCACUGAAGGAUUCCAGGUGGGGAAAGUGCAUAUCGAAGUGUCAGUACCCACCACAAAAGGUGACCAAAAUCAGCAGCAUGCAGGAAAAGAGGAAGACCUGAUAAGAAUGAGGAAGAAAAGAUCAAAGAGACUAGAUGGUGAAAACAUUUAUCAUACUAUACAAAAUAGGAAGAAACCAAUACUGGAAGCAGUCUCUUAUGGCACCAUCCUAUAUGUCUACUCAGAAGUAAAUCCCAUUGAGUUCAGUGGGACUUACUCUCAGGAUCUAGAGAAAACUCAAGAGGAGAUAAAGAAACAUCAUGCUAACAUUAGUGAGCUGAAGAAAAACUUUAUGGAAUCUGUGCCUGAGCCACGGCCAAGUGAAUGGGACAAACGUCUCUCUACUCAUUCUCCCUUCAGGACCCUUAACAUCAACGGACAGAUCCCCGCAGGAGUAGAUGGAGUCAAGAAAGCCACCUUUCAUUCCUGUGAGAGACAGGUUGGUGGGCCAGAGACACUGGAACAUCCUCUGUUAGUGCAGGAUGAAGACAAUGUUAAAAAGCAAGAGACAGCUACUGAGGGAACUUUGUCCCAGCAAGCAAAUGAAGAAUUCCAGGCAAAGAUUUCUAUUCCAAUUCCUGAGGACCAGAAAUCGCUCAAAACAUGCCGCCUAUACACUAGAGUUUUUCCUUCUCCACGCAUUCCCUUUAUGAUGUCUUUUUUGGUGGUCCUUGCACUGACUCUGUGGUGGCUGGUUUUUCUGUGAUUUUUGGAAAUGGAGGGGCUUGUAUGAAACAUCAAGACUAAAGCUCUUCAACUCCUGCCUAAAGCUGCAGUAUCUUUCCAUGUUAACCUUUCUUGUUUCUGUCGUUCACUCUUCCAGGGAGCCUGUUGAAGCUCUUCUUUUUUUUCAAAAGAGCAUGGCCAUACGAACACACACACAUGAUGUUCAGCUUAUAGUUUGGGAUACUUUGAAGAGACACAGUCGAUAAUCCAGCAAGCUGCAAUAUGACAAAUACUGAUGUUUUUGCAGUCCUUUAAUAUCAAACUAUGUCCUUUGCAUGCAGCCAGUGGGUUUUUUUGGUCUUAUAGUUAAUCUUCAAGGUCAUCAGGUUGUUGAAAGGGGGGGAAAAAGAUGAUUUUCUUAAAAGUAUUUGAGAACUGAAAAAAAGUGGCAAUUAAUUGCAAGAGCUGUUUUAUGUUCAAUGCUAAGUUGAUUUAUUACAAGUCUUAUUCUAAGAGAGGAAGAUAACCAUAUAACUGCCAUCUGUAAUUAAAGAAAGCUCCUCAGAAACAAUGCAGAGCUGUGCGUCCAUGUCAUAAAGUACAGAGAAUUGGAUUAGUUCCUUUAAUGUGAACUGAAGUGCAUUUCACACCUCACUACUAAAGACUAUUGACACUUCAGUGUUAAAGACAUUUAUUUGGGAAUUGUAUCCUGGGUAUCAGUAUGGCUGUACGGGAUAGGUUAGGAUGCUGGAGGCAGCCUGAGUAGAAAGUGGACUUGCAGCAUACUCUGCCUGAAACCGGAGGUGAGGGUGGCAUAUUAUUUCUCCCUCUGCCUUCUGUAUAUAAAAAAUGCAUCAAUAUGCAUAUUUGAUUAUUUUUCUUGCCUGUAUCUGGAUGAAAAUAUGGUUAACUUCUGGUUUCUGUCUGUGGUGCAAUUAAGGUAGUAGAAAAUCAAUCCUUUAUUAGAAGCAAUACUUAAACACUGUAACCCUUGCUCUGUUGUUCCAAGUCCAGUUGUUCCUAUGCUUUUCUGUUGCUUUUUUCCGUAUCAUUCUUACUGAAUUGUGUUUCAAUUUCAUGGUGACAGUUUUCUGUACAGAAUUAACAUGUUUAUAAAUAUGUGCCAUUUUUUGCAUGUUGAUUUUCAUAGUGUUUCCAGUUAAGUUGAUCUAACCAUGUAAUAGAGCAUAUGUUCAGAUUGUAGCUCUGUGUUUAUUUAAAUCUUUGCAUGUUGCUCGACAUUUGCAACAUCCGGAUAUAAACCUCUGGGUUGCUAUUUGAUAUCUAUGUUCUUCAUCUAAUUUUAAAACAUAAAGUUCAAAGUUUUGGUUCAUCAUUGAUGUAUUAAGCUGACAGAAGUGAAGGGGUCUUGUACCCACAGAAUAUGUUGAGGAGAAUUUCAUAAAUUAAUUGAGAGCAGAAGUGUAACAUUCAGCUAGGCUGAACAACCAGAACUCUGAAGUCAGAAGGAAGGUGUACAGAGUGCUUGGUUUCACAUAUUGGGCAAGCUGCUGAUUAGCAGAUACGCAGUUUGAAUUCCAUUGAUAAAACUUUGUGAAUAUUCUUUCUGAUGAAUAGAAUAAGACUUUGGAAAACCAUGUUUGUGUAACUGCAUAUGCACAAACAAUAUGAAUUCAGAAAACAGUAUAGGGAACUGUGUGUAUAUCUUUCUAUUUAUGACAGUA